AUGGCUGGAUGGUCUCCUUCUCCCUUACCUUCUCUUUUCACAAAAUCUCAAGAUGCCCCGUGUAGUGUGGGACAGGGCAAACUGCCCAUUAUUUCUGAGGUAAGCAGGUUAACACUUGUAUCCUUGGGACCAUUAUAUUCAGGCCACACACUGGUUGAAGGGAAUUCAGAAGACAAUUAAUUUGAUGUCAGAAAGUGCUGUCAGUAAUUUGGUAGUGUUACUGUAGCUAUAAGGAAAUUGUUUACCAAGUGUUUGUGUUUCAGUGGACAAUGCUGAUAUUUUUUUCCUUCAGUUGUAAUACUGUUAGACCCAUGCUAUUAAGAUGAAUGUCACCAACUGUACUUGUUAUUGUAUGCUGAUCUUUACAGAAAUAAAUACUCAAAUCUUACAAAAUAAACAGUGGAUUGUGGAGAUUAGACAACAAAAAUGCAAAAUGUAUCAAUUUUACCAAUUCCACUAUUUUCGCUGACAUUUUGCAGUUGUGUCAUGAGGUCACCACAAUCCUUUGCUUAUCAACUAUACUGGAAAAACUUAAGAAAAAAAAACAUUGAAAAUUGAUGUGAGCAGCACAUGCCAAGCUAAGUAUGUUGGGCAUUGUGGAUUACUGACAUAUACUUAUUAUAUUAUUUUUAAAGUCAGGUAGAUUGGUUGAGCCAUUACUGAUUUUUAAGGGAUACUCUAAGCAUCAAAACAACUUUAGGACAAUUAACCUUUUUUUUUUUUUUCUGUAACUCACACUGCCUCCAUAUAAAACGUUUAAUUUAAUUGCAACCAGUUUUGCAGCACAGUGUGUUUACUUUAGAAGCUCUUAUAUUCUGCUAUGUUAGAGGGAUACUAUAGUGUCAGGAAUACAAAUCUGUUUUUUUGGCACUAAAGCUCCCUCUGCCUCCCCCCUCUCUCGCGGUGGUCAAUAAAGGGUUAUAACCCUUUAUUUACUUAUCUGAUCCCAGUGCCGGAGACCCAUUACAGAGACAACGUUUACGAUGAAGUGGCUCUAAUGCCCCUGCACGGCAAGUGCCACACGUGCAUUAGUGCCUCCCCAUAGGAAAGCAUUGAGUCAAUGCUUUCCUAUGGGGAAAUAGCUGAUGUGGGAUGAGGGUGAGGAUGUCCAGCGAAAGGACAUCCAUUCCGGAAGCCCCUCUAGUGGCUGUCUGGUAUAUAGCCACUGUAGGCAGACUUAGUGCUGCAAUGGAAACAUUGCAGUUUCUCUGAAACUGCAAUGUUUUACAUUCCAGCACUAAGUGCCAUAUGAACACUGUACCCAGACCACUUCAAUGAGCUGAAGUGGUCUGGGUGCCAAGAGUGUCGUGUUAAUUAACUGUAAUCACACAUAGGAGGAAUCACACAUAGGAGGCUGCAGUAGUGGGCAAUUAGCAGAGACUAAAUUUAUGAAUUAAAUGUGCAAUAAGAGAUGUUUAAAAUGUGAAUUAUUUUCAGGCAGUAUGUAGGGAGGCUAUAUUCUUUUGAUGAUUGAUUGUCCCUUUAAGGUUGUUGCAGGCUAAUUGUGACAUCACUGUUGUGUGUUUCUAAGAUAAUAAAAUGUUAGAUGUGAUAUAACUGCCUCUAAGGCUGGUUGAUUGUAACAUUACUGCUAAGAUUGCUGCAGUCACGUUGUGACAUUACUGCUUUGGAAUUCUAAAAUAAAGGCAAAUUGUGAUGCCACUAUGAUGUCACUGCUAUAUGCUUGUAAGGCACUUGGGUAGGGGAGAGAUCACAGCUGUGCUUGUGUGUAUGUGAGGUUGUUUUAGUUUAAUUAGUUGCUAUGUAUGGUGGAUGCUAUGGUAGGAAGUCUUUUCUGCUCUCCACUGUCAGUCAAUUCUUUGGCAUAGAGUCUAUGCUGAAGAAUUAAUUGACAGUGGGAGAAAGACCUAUUUUAAAAGUUUCUUUCUUUUAAUCUAUACAUUUGCUAGCACAUAUGUUAAAACAACACAUAGAUAGAAUUGAAUGCUCUUUAAAAAGGUCAUAAUGUUGUACUCUUUAAUUUCUCCACUUCCCUAUAUGUUUUCUCUAUGCUCACGGUCGUGUUAGAAUGUUGUGGCCGUGACUUAAAUAUGAAUAUUAACCUUGUAAUUAAUAUGUUAUAAUUAAGCAAUAAGUAACAACAUUCAUUUUUUUAUUUUUUUUUAUAGUUCGUGGUAUUAUGGUUAAAUAUGUGGAUAGAAAAUACACAAAAUGUUGUAAUGUUAAAUGUAUAUUUAAUAUAAUUUUAAUAACAAGUAAACAAUGCUAGCAGAAUGUAAAUGUAACAUAUUCCUUACAAAAGGCUAUAACAGUUGCUAAAUGUUACAAUGGAUUCAUAUUACUUACAAGGCCCCACCCCUUUGGCUCGGGUUAAGUCGGAGCUGGUACUACAUCUUAGGUUUAGUCAGGUAAGGCAAAGAAACCGAAUUCCUCCUACAUCUGGUUUUUAAUCAGUGUAUUCCUAAGUAGGAUGGCCUGUCAUGUCACUCCCAGAAGCACAUGGCUUAAGUAUUCCUACACACUGCCCCUAGUAGUGCCUCUAAAGCAGCGGUUCCCAAACUGUGUACCGCACACAGGGGUGCCGUGGAAUGUUUCCCUGGUGCUAUGAUUAUAGCACCGGGGAAACAUUACUGCUAAACAGGGGCCCAGUCGGGUGCCGCGAUCCUUUAAGACCGCAACCAGACCCCUGUAAUGUCGGCCAGCUGGGAGGAACUGACAGCCUGUCACUUCCUCCCAGCAUCCUGCAGGGAGGCAGCACGGGAGGAGGAGAGGAGCAUGAAGAGCUCCAGUCCUCUCACUCCCACAGCAGCAGAACACCAAGCCACUGUCCUGGCCCAUAAGGUAAGCUGAAAGGAGGGUGGCUGGAGAUAUAUAUCUAUAUAUACGUAUAUAUAUAUAUAUAUAUAUAUAUAUAUAUAAAAAUCACUUGUAUGUGUGUGAGUGUGUGUGUGUGUGAAUUUGUGUGUGUCAGGGUGUGCAUCUGUGUGUGUGUGUGUGUGUGUAUAUAUAUAUAUAUAUAUAUCAGUGAAUGUCAUAUGAAUUUGUGUGUAUGUGUUGGUGUAUUUAUAUGCAUCUGUGUGUUAAUGUGUAUGAAUAUCUGUGUAGGGAUGUAUGUAUGUAUGUGGUACUGUAUGUGCAUACAUCCAAGCAGUCAAACACCAGCACAACAUACAAGCACACUCCUGAAAUCUAACUCAAAUAUUACAUACACACACCCCUGCAUUCAAAAAAAAAAAAAAAAUAGAAACACACCCCUUCACUUAAACACAAAUACUUCACACAAAUGUACAGCCGCAUUUAAAAGUGAACAUUCAGAGACCCCCCCUGCAAUCAAAUGCAAACAUUACAUUCAAACACACCCCUGUAUUAAAACACAUUAACUAUAUACAAGCACCCCUUCAAACACUAACACUUUACAUUACACUAUAGCGCUAGCAAAUGCCGCAGCGCUGUACUGAUAUACAACCUAGAAAUUUUGACUCGGGGCACCUUGGGAAAAUACUGAAACAUUAAGGGCGCCUUGGACCUAAAAAGUUUGAGAACCACUGCUCUAAAGCAUUAAACUAAUUAUGCUUUAUUUUAUGACGUAAAUCAUUAUAUUAAUAUCAUUACAGUUGCGCUGCUCCUCUUCAGGCCAGGAGCCAACAUCGUCAUUACAGUACUCUUGCAAAUGCACGAGAAUACAGCAUUAAAGGUCUAUAGGGAAUCCUGCGAGACCGCUGGGAUCCUCCGUAAACCCAGUCAAUACCUGAAGACGUAAUUGAAUAUGGCUGCACGUCUUGACAUAUGGGCUCCAUCUUGGGUCGGAAAAUGUCUGGCGGAGGAGAUAUACAGAUUCAAAGUAGUGCCUACUUUGUCUCUGUAUUUCUCUUGACUGGGUUGGAAUUUUUAGUGAAAUUUCAUCACAGUCAUAAUGAAUAUUUAAUUAUUAUUAUUAUUAUUUAUAUAGCGCCAUCAGAUUCCGUAGCGCUGUACAAUGGGUGGACUGACAGACAUGUAAUUGUAACCAGACAACUGGACGUACUGGAACAGAGAAGUGGAGGGCCCUGCUCAAUAAGCUUACAUUCUAGAGUGAGUGGGGUAUAGUGACACAAAGGGUAAAAGUAGGGGUAUGAAGUAAGUUAGUAAAGUAUUCACUGCGGACUUAGUAGGUCAUUUUUGACAGUAGCAAGAGAGGAGUCAUGGGGGUGGGGGAUGAAAACCUACUAACAGUUUAAUUGAUAAGCUUUCUUGGAGAAGUGAGUUUUCAGUGAUUUUUUUUUUUAAUGAGUGGAGACUGGGUGAAAUUCUUACGGAGAAGGGAAGGGAGUUAUCAAUGCAUUUGAGGAUGCAACAGUCCCUGGGUGCCAGCGAAAGCAACGUUUUAUCACACAUGCUCCUAAACUGGCUCACAAAUAUCAAGGGGGUUGCACCCAUAGUCUCUUAGCAACACAAUGACGUCAGUGUGUUUAGCUGCAUGGAGGCUGCGACAUGACUCCUUUUUGUUUGUGAGGUUGUUUCAGCUAAGUUGUGAUAUUUCUGAUGUGUAUUUUUAAAAUUGUUAUACCAGUUGUGACAUCAGUACUUGUCAGGCUGCUCAUAACAGUUGCAAUUUCAUGACUGUUUGACUCUCUGAUGAUUAAAUGCUAGUUGUGACUUUACUGCAGUGUUUGUUAAGUUGUUGCAUGAUAGUUGAGACACCUAAACUGUAUGAGUCUUAUGUUGUUGAAAGUCAUUUGCGACAUACACUGAUCAUCCACAAGAUUAAAACCACUGACAGAUUAAGCGAAUUAAAUUGAUCAUAUCGUUAAAAUGACACCUGUCAACGGGUGGGAUGUAUUAGGCAGCAAGUGAACAAUUAGUUCUUAAAUUUCAUGUGUUGGAAGCAGGAAUAAUGGGCGAAAAGAUCUGAGUGACUUUGACAAGGACCAAAUAGUGAUGACUUGACAACUGGGUCAGAGUAUUUCCAAAAUGGCAAGUUUUGUGGGGUGUUUCCGAUAUGCAGUGGCCAGUACCUACCAACAUUGGUGAACUGGUGUCAGGGUCAAGGGCUCCCAAGGCUCGUUAAUGCACAUGGGGAGCGAAGGCUAGCACGUUUGAGAAGUAAGUAAGAAGAGUUACUGAAGCUCAAAUUGCUGAAAAACUUUAAGCUGGCCAUGAUAGAAAGGUGUCAUAACACAGUGCUUUGCAGUUUGCUGCGAAUGGGGCUGCAGAGCCUUAGACCAGUCACAGUGCCCAUGAUGCCCCCUGUCCACCUCCGAUAACACCUUCAACAAGAAUGGGAGCAUCAGAACUGGGCCAUGGAGCUAUGGAUAAAAUUGCCUGGUCUGAUGAAUCAUGUUUUAAAUCAGGUGGAUGACCAGGUUGUGUGCAUCACUUACGUAGGGGAGAGAUGGCAGCAGGAUGCACUACGGGAAGAAGGCAGGCCGGCGGAGGCGGUGUUAUUCUUUUGGCAAAGUUCUGCUGGGAAAACAUGGGUCUAGGCAUUUAUGCGGAUGUUACUUUGACACGUACUACGUUGACAUGUACCUAGAGAUUGUUGCACACCACGUUCAUGACAAUGUACAAAAUGUUUAGGAAUAGUUUGAGGAACAUGAAAAAGAGUUCAAGGUGUUGCCUUGGACUCCACAUUCCCCUGAUCUCAAUACGAUUGAGCAUCUUUGGAAUGUGCUGAAACAACAUAUCCAAUCCAUGGAGGCCCCACCCUGCAACUUGCAGGACUAAAAUGAUCUGCUGCUAAUGUCUUGGUACCCGACACCACAGGGCAUAUUGCCUUGAUGCACCAGAGCUAUUCUGGCAGCAUGAGGGUGACUUACAGUGUCUAAGGCCAAUGCCAGUAUCUGAAAUGGUCACAGGUUAAUCUAGACUUCACUGUUGUGGGAUUGUAUGGUGAUUGCUUUUCUGUAUGAUUCUUCAGAAUUGAUAAAGACUGUGGUCGAAACGCGUUAGUGCGGUUGUUUACGAGAGAUCUUUAGUUUUUGGUGUUUAUACACAUUUUAAUCAAUUUAAUUAAAGUUUGUUCCUAAAACCACCCCUAUAUUUGGUGUCUAUUUGGUAACCCAAGGGAAAGUGGGUUACCACUUUCCAACUACCAAUUUCCAGCAUCUGAUCUCAGCAACCAUCUCUAUAUACCCAAAAGGCGCUCAUAGUCUGAGCCCACUUUAAAUGGCUCAACACCACGUGAGUGGGAUAAGUUUUAUUCUAUUUUUUCAGUUCCUUAUACAGGUUAUACUAUGAUUUGUUAUUCUUUGCCUUUUUAGGUUGUACCCUGUUAUAUGGUAACUUGCAUUGGUGUGCUAUUAUACACUAUAUUGUAUGCUCUCACCUAACUGUCUAUUCACUUUAUAUUUGACAAGCUAAUUGCCUCAUCUCUACUUGGUAUUUGUAAAACUGUUGUAAGCUAGUUGUGACAUUAGUUCCAUGCAAUGUUUUAGAACUUUACAUUACUUCCUGCAAUGUUUGUAAAGUUUUGACAUCUAAACUGUGGGAGUCUUAUGUUGUUAAAAGUAAUUUGUGACAUAUCUGUUCAGCGGCUAUAGGGCUAUUAUCAGCUUCAAAGAUUAUGCUUGUAAGAUUCUUGGAUCUGUUUUGUGUAGUGGCAUAUCUUUUGUGUGGUUCUAAGGUAGUUGCCAGCUUGUUGUGCCAUCACAGCUGUGUUUUCAUGAGAUUGUGAUAGGGUAGGUUUAACAUAAUUACCUUAAGUCUAAGAUUGUUGCUGUCUGUUUGUGACAUCAAUGCUAUGUGGGUUUAAUGCCGAAGGCUAAUUGUGUCAUCAUUACUUUGUUGCUGUUUUUUUUUUUGCUAAGGCUUUUUUUGUUGAAUCUACGUUUUGCAGACAAGUUGUGACAUCAAUUGUAUGUGUGUAUAAAAGUUGCAGACAAGUAGUAGAAUUUUGCACACUUUUAUCAGUAGCACCGAAGCUCUGUGGUAGAGUCCACUAAUCUCCAAAUAUAACCACAAGUGAAGAGCAACAGGCUGCACACCACCGUAGGGUGAACCAGAUAGUUUGAUUGUGGAAUAAAAAACAAGGAUACAAUGUUUUGGCCAUAUAUGAUUAAAGUCUCAAGGCUGAAAUUUUGUAUCCUUGUUUUGUCCUGUAUUCAACAAUAAAACGAUCUGGUUCGCCCUACCCUGUGCAGCCUGAGGCCAUUCACUUGUGUAUAAAAGUUGCAGUUCAGUUAUGGUAUCAUUGCUUUGUGAUUCUAGGAUAAUUAAAGAGAAAUUGUGACAUCACUGCUGUUUGGAAGCUUGUUUCAGAUAAGUUGUGAAAUCACAAUGAGACUAUUGUUAUAGAUCACUUUUGAUAACUCCUCUGUAUGUUUCUUAGCCAAUGAUGUCACUACUGCUGUUUUAAUGUUCUCAGAGGGUAGGUGUGACAUCAUCCCCUGGGUGUUUGUAAGGUUGUUACAGGAUAAUUGUUGAUUCAAAGCUGUGCAUUUUAUGAAUUUUGCUCCAAAUAUUACUUAUUAACCUCUUGUGUACUUUGUGAUGACAGAUUACCUUUUAACCCUUUGUUUACUUUGUGCUGUCAGAGCCUGCUGUGUAAAUGCCUCACAAACACACGUCAGUCUGAAGACACUUCAGCAAUAGCUGUCCUCCUCAUGAGUGAGGUAGUCAGGCAGGAUUCCUCCUAGUGGACACCAAAUAUCUGAUAAUGCUAAACCAUCCUAUAGCCUUGAGACACCCUAUGCUAGCUCUGGUGGCGAGCUAUUGUGGCAUGUACCCUGGUAUUUCUUGAUACAUCAGGCUAGAGGCAAGUCUGGAAAUACUAGCAACUAGUAAGGUAGAUAUGUAAAACCUAAAUCAAGAGUAGGCAACCAUGGCACUCUAGAUGGUGUGGGCUACAUUUUCUAUGAUGCUUUGCCAGCGUUAUGGCUGUAAAAGCAUUAUGGGAUAUGUAGUUCACAACAUCUGGAACACAAUAUGUAUCAAUAUAUGUUUGAGGGGUUUUUUUUUGUAUAUGUUUUUAUGCCUGCAACAUCCAGUUGAUAAAUAAAUCAAACUCACUCUAUCUGCUAUUUAAUUUUUUGGUUGGGGUCAGGAGGCACCUUAGAAUUGUGUACCUAUAGGCAGCCAGCAUGUAAUUCUAACCCUAGCUGCAGCAAAAAAAGGAUCCCUUUAAGUAAAAUAAAGUUUAGUCACCUCUUUUCCAGUGCCAGGACUCCUUUUUCCGCAGCCUCUAGCUCCUCCUUUGGUGAUGUCAGCAUCCAAGUUUGCAUCACCCGCAAUCUCCUAAAAUCCAUUGCUUCUCAUAGAGAAGUAAUAGAUUGGAAUUUGGAAUGUGUGACCAAAAACUGUGCUCCUCCAAUGAAAUGCUGCUAUUAGCAGGAUUUGACUCCCAGACAGAGUUUCGGUAUGGAGGAGGAAGUGUCUCUAUUGGCUGUCAGGAAGAAUUUCGAGCAUCUACUGCUAAUACACUGUAAGCAGAAAACAAAUCCCUCCCAAACUAGGGAGAGGCUUUAUUAAAAAUCAGCCUCUCAUUUUAAUCUAUAGUGAUUAUUAUCAUGUUUACUAGGGGUGUUAAAAUUAGCUUACCUGGAAAUGUCACCAAUUCAAAGGAGAACAAAAUGUCCUUUAAUUUCUUAAUAUGGUGAGUAGAACUGUACGGACUACCUAAGCUGCAAGGCCUGCUACCAGGUGACUAAAUUGUAUUCACAAGGAAGCUGCAAAAUAAUUCACUUGAUGUGCUUGAGGACCUCGGAAGGACAUUGGAAUGGCUGGGAGAACCACUAGGAGAUUGGAACAAAGGAAACACUACCAGAACCAAUGGUACAAUACAAAAACAAAUCUAAAAAAACAAAAGCACUUGCAGAAUAAGAAAAUAUGGAACAAGACUCAAUAAAGCAUGACCUAUGAGGGAAGGAAACUGAACUAGAGUCAGUCAUAAAUAUCCUGUAAUAACCUUAGAAAAACACGGCAGUAAUGUUAUUGUUGCACAACAGUUAGUUACACAGACAUCAGACUACACUAAACCUUCAUAAUUUUAGUCACAUGAGAGUGACUUCACAACUUAUCUGUAACAACCUUACAAACACACAACAAUGAUCUCACAACUGAACCACAGAAACCCACAACAUUAAAGGAAGAUUAUAGGGUCAGGCACACAAACAUGUAUUCCUGACGCUAUUGUCUUAAAAUAUCAAUUUAGCCCCCCUGUCUCCCUAAAUAUAGUAAAAUCUUACUUGUAUUCAAGUCUGCAACUGCUUGCUCUGCCCAUUAUCUGCCUGCUUGGCUGACAUCAUCAGAAGUGAUUAUCUGAGCCAAACACAAUGCUUUCCCUUAGGAUUGGCUGAGCGUGUCAAGGAGGCAGAUCGGGUCAAAGGUAGCACUAGCCAAACACAGCCCUGGCCAAUCAGCAUCUCCUCAUAGAAUAAAUGCAUCUCUAUGAGGAAAGUUCAGUGUCUCCAUGCAGUGGGUGGAGACACUGAAUGGCAGUUUUGCACAGUGUGCAGCACUGCCCCAGGAAGCACCUCUUGUAGUCAUCUGACGAGUGGCAAGUGGAGGUAUCCUUAGGUUGUAAUGUAAACACUGCCUUUUCUUGCCUUUUCUCUGAAAAGACUGUGUUUACUGCAAAAAGCCUGAAGGGAAUGAUUAUACUCACCAGAACAAAUACAGUAAGCUCCGACUAUAGUGUCCCUUUAAAAUCCAAACUACUGUGUAACUACCUUACAAACAUAUAGCAGUUAUGUCACAAUUACACUUUAAACACAUUACACAUAUACAGCAGUGAUGCCACAAUUAGCUAGUAACUACUGUAGAAUCCUACACAUUUGAGAUCAAAACUGCCAUGCAACUAAAUGAUAGACGCACAGCAGUGAUGGCACACUUACGCUUCAACACACAUUUUGUUGCAACUAAGCUGCUUUAGUCUUAGAACCACACAAUAUUGAUGUCACAACUACCCUGAAACUACUUUAAAAAUACAUACACUGAUGUUACUACUACCUCACAAAGCCAUGAUGUCAAUGCCAGAAUGCAGUAACCUUAGAACCACAUAAUGUAGAUGUCACAGAUGCCUGAGGACUACAUAGAUGUUACAAACAACAUACACACAGUUGCAGUAUCACAACUAAUCUGUAACUAACAUUCUAACAAAGACAGCAGUGCUGUCACAACAAGCCUGGAACAAUGUUUUAAGUUUAUUAAUAAAUCAUCCACUUUUUUAUUAUAAAGGGACACUAUAGUCACCAGAACAACUACAGCACAUUGCAUUUGUUCUGGUGAGUAUAAUCAUUCCCUUCAGGGGUUUUGCAGUAAGCACUACAUUACAGCCUAGAGAUUCCUCCAGUGACCACUCCUCAGAUGGCUACUAUAAGUGCUUCCUUGGGCAGUGCUGCCCUUCAGUGUCUCCACCCUCUGCAUGGAGACAGUGAACUCAUAAAGAUAUAUUGAUUCAAGAUGGAGAUGCUGCCAGGGCUGUUUUUGGCUUCUGCUGGCUCUGCCCCUGAUCUGCCUCCUUGACAGUCUCGGCCAAUCCUAUGGGAAAGCAUUUGAUUGGCUUCUGAUCAAUAUUUCUGAUGAAGUCAGCCAAGUAGGCAGAUCAUGGGCAGAGGCAGCAGCAGACUGGAAUAAACAUAAGAUUUUAUUAUAUUUAGGGUGGCCAGAAGGUAUAGAUGGUGUUUUAACACUAUGGGGUGAGGAAUACUUGUUUGUGUUCCUGGCCCUGUAGUGUUCCUUUAAUUGUCUGUGUGAUUCUGGCUACCUUUUGUAUGGGGGCAAGAUAUUUUGUUCUAGGUAUGUGGUUUGGAGAUCAUUAUGAAUGUAUGCAGAUUUUAAGGUACUCUCACACGUACUUUUCAUACAACGUUCAUCCUCUAUUUUUUUCUUUGUUUUUUGGGUACUUCCUAUUUUAAGAGGAAUUCACAUGUGCUGUUCAGUUCGUCGUGGUGAUUUUUAUUAAAGGUCCACAUGUAAGUAAAUACAUAAAUUCAACAUUAAAAUCAAAACACAUUUAGUCAAUCAGCUUUAACCUAAAUAAAACUUGCCAUGCAAGUCUAUUCUAUCUUUUAAAUGGGAAUAACCUUACCCCAAUAAUAUACCACAACAAGUAAAAGUCUGAAUUCAACAUAUCACAUUCUCUAACAGACAUAAUCCAAUAGAUUCUAAUAAUAAACAUAUUCAAAUAAAUAAAAAAUAUAUAUAUACAAACAUAUAGCAUACAUACUAAAUCAGGGUAUGACAAAUCCCUGGGUGCUUGUCAGCCUGUUCAGCUGAGGAAGUAUGGAGGUGGCUGACCAACCGAGGGAAAAUUGAGCUGGGUGGCAAGGGAAACCGCUGUAACCUUUGAGGUUUUUUGUGCUCUGCUCCGUAGCGCACCCUGCUGUGAUGCCGGGAGCCAUGAUAUGAUGUCACUGUGGCCCUUGCAUCCCUAAACAGUGCACAAGGGACCAGAGGAAGAAGAGCUUGAAGAUUACAGGAGCACAGCAGCCCCACUGGACCCCAGGGAAAGGAUCCAUUCCAGGCUGGGUGGAUUUCUUUUUUUCUUUUUUUUUGUUAAAUAAUUUGUGAGUGUGUAAGAUAAUUUGUGCAAGUGUGUCACUAGCAGGGUGUGUGUGUGUGUGUGUCUGUCAGUGAGUGUUAGUUUCUCUGAAAGGUAGUGUUUAUAGUGAAAAGCUUGCAGUGACAUGCUGUAGACACCAGAACCAUUACAUUAAGCUAUAAUUCCUUUGAGUUGUGUUUUUGUAGUUGAAAAUGAAGCUUUGUUAGUUAAAAAAAACAAAAAACAGGCUCAUAACUUUUUUAGCUGGCUCCAAGAUUCCAAGCAAAUUUGUCAAGCCCUCUACUAAAUAAUAAUACUAGGGAGGGAGGGCACUCAUGAUAUAGCUCCUGCAAGGCACUGCUUGAAUGGGCGUUGGCACAGGCAACUAAUAGGAAGUUUCAGCCCUAUAAGCUGAAAAAUGUUCUUGCUGGUGAAUGUAAUGCGCAUUUAUACAAGAAGAUACUGCUAUACAACAUUGUGCUGCAAUGAAAAUGUUGAUUGCCAUAUACCAUAAUAACAUUGAUGGUAUUUCAAUUUUAGUGUUACAUGUUAAGUCUAUUCUUUCUUACGCCCUCUUCCAGGAAUGAAAUUUGCCUCUGUGAAUUCUUUUGAAUGAAAUUUGCCUCUGUGAAUUCACCAGUUUUAAUUCGCCUCUUUCAAUUCGCAAGUUUUAAUUCGCCUGUGUAAAUUCGGCAGAAAAUUUGCCCCGAAUGUAAUGCGCCAUUGAAUCUGAUACGCAUUAAAUUUUUGUACAUUUUAUUUUCCAGAAAAGGUGCACAUUAGAUUUGAGUAAAUACAGUAUAUCACACUCACAGAUACACACGCAACUAUUAUGGAAAAAUAAUGGCAUCGUAAACCACAAGACCAAAGGUUUAGUGUCUUGUGAAUGUUUUCAGAACCCUGAGAUGACACAGGUUUGACUCUUUUGAAUCUUGUAUGUUACGUGAUAUAAAUAAUAAAACAAAUAUGUCCUCACUCCUCCAGGUGGUAUUUUUGUAUUCCUCAUUCUCUGAGAGUCUGAAGGUUCUGUGCAGUAUGUUAGUUGUUCCUAUAACUGCACUCUACUAGACAGAGAUCUCUGAUGUUCUAACUUUAGGGUUAUAGCCCCAAUUACCCCUAUCACAACUGGGACUAAUACGGCAUACAUAGUCUUCUUGAUGUUAUGUUCAUUGGGUGUAUUGCCACAUCCACCACUGCUGACUUCCAUUCCUUGUCUACCACCACAGUGUCAUGUUGGUUGGCUAGUAUUUGCUUCUCUAUCUGAAUCUGGAAGUCUCACAGGAUCUUAGCCCUGUUAUGCUCAAUUCCUCUUAAUGGUACUUCCCAUCCGGACUUACUCAUAUUCAGUGCAGAUGUUUCGUUACACAAUGCAGGCAACUAGGUUGUGCCUCACUGUAUGCUGUCCCUGCUUAAAUCUUAAAUCUAGAUAAUAUGUGCUGGUCUGUCUCAGAAGCAUCUUUGCACAGUCUGCACCUUGGGUCCUGUCUGGUGCGGUAGACUCUUGCUUCUAUUCAUCUAGUGCUGAGUUCCUAUUCCUGUUCUUCUAGGAUGCUGUUCUAGAGUGCUCUCUUUCAGUCCUGCUGUUUCCAACCGGUAGGAUCUGGUAGGAUCUUGUAAGUGAGUUACAUUCCUAUAUGCCGAUGGUACAUCCUAUGGAGAGAUUUUUCUUGUCAUGAAACCUCCUAAUUCUUUGCAUCUUUUAUCAAUUGUUGUCUCAGGCAUUAGCAGCUCAUCUUUGGGAGCUAUGCUAAUACGUACUUGUGAAUGCUUUGUCUUUCUUCCAGGACUGUGGCCCUGACUAUCAUCAGGCCUUGACCUUCCAUCCGGUAUACAGUCUCUGGCUGCUGGAUCUUGGGUGUAAUACUCCAUCAUAGUGAGUAGCUUUUGGGUCUUGAUAUCCAUGGUGUCCAUUUCUUCUUGUUGCCAGCUUAUUGUCCCAGGUGGGUACCUGAUUAAUGGUAGGGUGUAUCUGUUGAUUACGUGGAUCUUGCCCUUGAGCUGAGAGUUCAAGACCUGUCUGAUUAUCUGGAGGUACUUGGAUGUUGCUGUCCUUGCUUUUUCCUCAAGGUUACCAUGAGUUUGUGGUAUCCUCAGGUACUUGAAGCUGUUCUCUACAUCUCCUAUUUCGCCAUUUGGCACUUUUUGCUAUCACCCGCCCACACUUAUGUAGUCUGAAUGACUGAACAUCACAUUGAAAUAUGCCACAUUUGAUCAUUUGUGUAAUUGUCUUGAAAUUGGCUUCUAGGGAUGUCUCCACUGCCCAUUGAGUUGUUGAUGAAGUGUUUUGUUGACCUCGUAUAGAGCCUUUCAUUCCUAUAUACAUGAGUGUGGCAUUGUGUCAUAGGCAGUCUGACUCACUGAGCACAAGAACUACAAGGGAGUGAUUACUGUGGUCUGCACCUGCCAGAGGUGGAUACAACAUGCCUCCCCACUCGACUACCAGGAACUUUAAGCCACAGUUCCCCUCUUUGCAGAAAGCUAUGCAAGAGGAAGGCAAACCAGAGCACACACAAACACAGUAUACACAGCAAGCACAAAUCACACACACAGCCAAAACACACCACAUACUCACGAACACAGUCAGCACACAUCACAAACCACACACACAGCCAGUUCACACCAUAAAUAAACACUCUACUUUUAUAUUAGCCACUCUCACUGCCACAUACUCAAUAUUAGCCACUCAAACAAAUAUUUAUUGAUAUAUAAUGUGUGAAUGAUAAUGCUUAUUGUAUUUCUACAUACACAAAAGCAAUAUUCCAUUGUAAAUUUGAAUUAUUGUACAGUUUGCGAUUAUAGUAUUGGCAUUGCUAUAGCUUUUAUUGCAAAAACAAUAUUUUUAUUUGCAGUUCCAAGUUAGUAUAGCAAAGGUGUAGAUAUAACCGGCAAAAGAAAAGUGUAUGAGACAAUUCUAGGUCAGUCAUUUCAGGCACAGCAAAUGUGGCAACACAUAGAGGGUUAUUCACUAAUGUGCAAAUUUUCCAAAUCAAUUCCAUAUGGUAAAAUGGUGAAAAUAGCAGACUCUCACUGGGAAAACUACUCUCUGGAAAUAUAGCAUUUAGUGCAUAACCCUCAUAGAAUUAAAAGGACACUAUAGUCACCAGAACAACUACAGCUCACUCCCUUCAGACUUUUUGCAAUAAACACUGUAUUUCCAGAGAAAAUGCAGUGUUUAUUUUACAGCCUAGGGAUAACUCCACUGGCCACUCCUCAUAUGGCUGCUAAAGGUGCUUCCAGGGGCAGUGCUGCACUGUCAUUCGGUGUCCCCACCCUCUACAUGGAGACAUUGAACUUUCCUCAUAGAGAUGCAUUGAUUCAUUGGAUCUCUAUGAGGUAAUGCUGAUUGGCCAGGGCUGUGUUUGACUUGUGUUGACUCUGCCCCUGAUGUUCCUCCUUGACAGUCUAAGCCAAUCCUAUGCUUCCCCAUGGGAAAGCAUUGUGAUUACUCAGAACAACACUUCUAAUGAUGUCAGCCAAGCAUACAGAUCAGGGGCAGAGCAAGCAGCAGCAGACUGGAGUAAAGGUAAGAUUUUAGUAUGUUUAGGGAGGGCAAAAGGGAGCUAGAUUGUGUUUUUAAUACUUUAGGGUCAGACAUACAUGUUUGUGUUCUUAACCCAAUAGUGUUCCUUUAGACAUGGAUGCAGUACUAAUAAAGUACUUAUAAAACAGGUGUAACAGAAACCAGAUUUGUAUAUAGAGUAAGAUGUUUAUUUAUACAUAUGUAUAUGUUUUUUUUCUGCAUACAUCACUAUGUGUAUCUGUAUGAAUGUGUAUUAACCGUUUGUACAGAACAACUGAGAAGGCACAGUUUAUCCCAGCUUAUAAGGUGUGCAUGGUCAACAUGGUUAUUUGAGCUGUGUGUUAUUCCUUUUUGUUAGUUUUUUUAAACUUGCCCCAUGUCUAAGACAAACUUUGUAUGGGGUGGUUUGCUGCUUUAAGUACACCCACUCGGUAUUGAUCGCCGGCAUGUGCGAUGAGUUGAGCAGAAGAAAGUAUUUCUCCUGGGGAGAACUGUUUUAAUGUGAUCAGUGGUAUGGAACUGAAUACAUUUCUUUUAUUUAAACAUGCAUAUUUAGUAGUUGGUAUAGUCAUGAAAAUGCUGUCUUAACUUUGGCUAAUGUUAGUUAUUUUGUGGUUUAUAUCACCCGUGUUUUUAUAUAAUCAAUUUCCCCUAACAUUGCCUGCCUAUGUAGGGCUUGUGCUAAAUGAAGGUGUAUUAUUAAUGUAUGCCCAGCAGAGGGCUACAUGUUAAUUGCACCAAACUUAAUUUAAAUCAAGGUUUCAAGGUAUUUAAAUGUCCUGCUAUUCAGUAAUCAGAAACACAUAGCUUAUAACAAAGCACCAUUUUAUUUACCAUUUAUGCACCAACAGAGAUUGGUGAUUCAUGGUGUAGAGAAACAAGUAUAUUUGCUUAAUGUAACCACUUAUUCUGUUUCAUUCAGUCAUUUUUAUUUUAAAUACGGAACUUUUUGGUGUUGUGUCAUCUUCAUACAAGCAGCACUGAAUUACCAAUAUAGCUGUCAAGAAGAGGUUAUUAACAUUACGCCAUGAAGACUUUUUGGCAUUAAAAGUGCUAAUGGGGUGUGUUUGGUCCUUGUUAGGGGUGUCCUGCAGCGUUUGGGAGCUGUGUUCCUCCCUGCAGAUCGAGGACCAUUGAGUGAUGCUGUACUCUCAGCUGUAAGAUAUCUUUAAAAAGUCAUUAUGUGCUAUAUUCAGGCUUCUGCCCUUUAUAAUUUGUAUAUCCUGUCAAUGUUUGUUUUCAGGCAUUAUCAGUCACUGUCUGAUAUUCUGUGCCACUCUCUAUUUCCCAGUUCUGUCUGUUUAUGUCCUAUUUGUCAGUCACUGUCUCUUUCCCGUCUCCAUCUCAGUUCUACAGUUUCUCCUUCCUUUUCCUCCUGUCUUCAUAUUGUUAUCUGUUUGUUUCUUGAUGCCUUUAUAUUCUAUUUUUGUUUUCCAUUAUUAUUUGCUACUUUGUUACACACUAUGCAUCCACUGCUAAAACUAUUACUCUUGUUGUCAAUUCUGUUUCAGUAUACUUGGACAUUGCUAGCUGAAGGCCACUCUUUGCUUAUCUUUUUGGAAUGUCCAUCAUCUCAUGGCUCUCGCUCCGUGUCAGCAGUCGGGUGUGAAUGGGUGCGGCAGGUGAUGGGAGCUCUUCAUUCUAGAACAGUAUCAGACAUCCUUAUUGUACCAGUUGGGAUUUCCUAUGACUGUCGUCCAGAAGACAGUGUCUUUGGAGGAAAGGUGAGAAUAUGUAGAACACAUAUUAUGUGAAAUCUCAUUGAAACUGUUGGGUUGACUCGUGGAUCUUUGGUCAUCCAUAAAAGUUACUUAAUAUUUAGUCUCAAUUGUUAAAUAAAACAGGCACGUUUAGAUACUACAUUUCAUCUCUAUGCUCUUCCUUCCAUGUCGUCCUUUUCCACAGGCAUUGUUAUCUGGUGUUCUGCGAUCCUUUCUGUCUUUUCUCUGCCCAUGGUUCAUCACCUUAGGAUGUGCACGUGUGGAUUUUGCCCAGCCAAUUUCGUUGCAAGUAUGCGUCUGAAAUAUACAUUACUGUUAUGAGAUAUUUCAAAAAAUAUCCUAGGAUACAAAGGAGAAAUUAAGAGUGGGAGCACCCUUCUCCCAAACACCGAAAACAUAAACCACAAAAAAGCACUGCCACUGAUGUAGUGCUCUUAUGGAAUAUACACAUCAACGUUCUGUGGCCACAGAUCUUAAGGAUAAAACAACUUUUACAUAGUUUAAAAAAAUGUUUAGCAGCAUUAUGUAUCUUAACAAUGCCUGCGUAUUUGGUCACGACUUCCUCUCUGUCACUCACUCCUUUCUGUCACUCUUUUUUCCCCUUCUCUAUAUAAAUCAGUUAAAGGACAGGGAUAAUGAGACACCUUGAAUAGACUGCAGCUUUUCCCUAUAACAUCAGCACAUACUUAGUUUCCUAAGAUUAGACCUUCGCCUCAAAAAUCCAAAGUAGCUGAAGUCUGUGUCAGUAACUUCAGGGACCUGUAGAGACAAGAAUGUAUUAAUUAUCACAAUGAAGCAGCUACUGAGCCAAGUCGAGAAAUCUAUAAUGUCCACAAAACCCACAGGAAAGGAGGGAACUUUAGGUAGGUAGCACAUAACGUGUUGCUACAGAAGUAACCUCAUUACCAGUCAUUUGAGCAUGUCAUUGUAAAUUCAUUUGAAUGAUGUCCUAUAUAUUUGCAGCAUAUUAUAUACAUAGAGAAUGGAUGAAUGGCAUUUAGGUUAAAGUGCAGUGUUUUAUAUCUCUCUAAAAGCAAAUGAAGAAUGUUUGUGCAGAUUUAUUUUAUACUAAGUCCGCACUCUUGAUUGUUGCAGAUCUUCAUGUAAUCUCUGCUUCCCUGACGAUUUACAAUAAACAUGUUCAGGUGCAAUGCUAUUGUCUUGUGACAUGGCAUCACAUGUGGCCUAGCCUAAGCAUGCCUACAUGAUAUGAACACUGAGAGUUGCUGGUGUCUGGCAAAAAAGUGGCAAGUUACAGGUGUCUGACAGAAUGGAAACAAAGCUACUAUCCAAGCACCUCUGAAGACAGACAUAGUUAAGAUUUCCCAUGACAAACCUUACCCAUAUGCUGAUUGUUUGCAUCUUUGGACAUUGAAGCUUAAAGGGACACUCCAGGCACCCAGACCACUUCUGCCCAUUGGAGUGGUCUGGGUGCCAACUCCCACUACUCUUUUUUUUUUUUUUAUAAACUGCAAUAAUUACCUUGCAGGGUUAACUCCACCUCUAGUGGCUGUCCUCACGUGUGAGGACCUCCAGCGUCGCUCACUUCCCCAUUUUCAAUGCUUUCCUAUGGGGAGCAUGCCGCGCAUGCGCAUUAGGUCUCUGCGGCGGCAGAGGAAGAAGCAGCGAUGUGGGACAUCGUUGCUGCCUCUGGUAAGUUACUGAAGGGGUUUUCACCCUUUCAGCAACCGGAGAUUGGGGGGUGGGAGGGAGAGGGGACCUGCAGUGCCAGGAAAAUUGAUUGUUUUCCUGGCACUGGAGUUUCCCUUUAACAUUUAGCGCUUUUGGACUGGUUUGAGAGUUACUUUUAUACUCCUGUCUCAACAAAAAAUUAACUUUUCUUUGUUUUGCAGGAAUACAUAUUCAAUCAUCAAUGGAGACAUGUAUCUCCUCCUCUUCCCCUAAAGGACACACUGCUUCCUUACAUUUUGGGCUACAGGUAAUGCAAUCAUAAAGCUUGAUACAACGGGAAAAGUCUGUUGUUGAUGGGGCUCAUGGGUGGUUAUGACCUUGCUUUGACCUUAUUGCAAGACUGGGAGACUUACUGGUUCUUCUGGGCCUGUCAGGUCACUAACCCUAUCCUUUGAGCAAGGCACCAGGGUAACUUUUGGACUGCUCGGUAGAGAGGAGGAUAAGAGUUUAUUUUCAACACCAUUUUGUAGGCAGCAGUCAUCCAGCACUGGUUUAGAAAAUUUGAUGGUAGAAACUCUCAUUUAACUGGUCAUGUAAUUUGUUUCAACAACAAAACCAAAUAUGCUAUAUAUCUAUUUUGGUGCCACUUAUAGUGCCUAUUACUCUUGGUGUGUUUUAAAUGAGAAUGUUUAUUUUUUUCUCUGAUUAGAAACAAGAUAUAUGAUGAGUUUGAAUUAGAGAUGGUUACUUGCACAGCAGAUGAACAAGAACAGGCCUUGGUUGAUGGCUUUAUCCUGCAUUCUCUGAGAGGUAACAGGACCAUUUUAUUUGUUUAUUGUCAGUAGACUUCUUUUUUUCACUAUAUGUCUUAAAAGGAAAUUUGCCACCCCCGUAAGAACGUCAGCUUGUUUAAGUUGUUAUGGGUCAAGAGUGUCUAUUGUGGGUAAGAUGCCAUCUUACUUUCAGGGGUUAAACCAUCUGACAACAGUUUGACCCUGAAGGUGGGACACCAGCUCCUGGCACUUCUCUCUCUGUUCGUCUCUGCACUGCAGUAUGAGGAGUGGUUAGCAAGGCGGCUGCCGAUUGGUUGAGAACAUUAACUGAUACUUCCAAGAUGGCUGCUUCCAUAUCAAAAUUUUGUUAUAACUUUUGAGAAUUAUUGAGAGUACAAUUAUCACUACAUUGUUCUACAGUGAUUGUGAUGCUAGGCGUGCUCUGAUGCCCCUAAUGUAUGUAGUCAAACUGUUUGCUAAUAGUUUCAAAACUUAUGUGGGAACCACAGAGCACCAAUCACCUUCGCCAUUGACAGAUGGAAGAUCACUACUUCGUGCUAGGCUGGCGUGCUGGCUUAGCUCAUUGGCUGAGAUCAUUCUUGCUGGAGAUUCUGGCUAUGAAUGGAGGACGUGACCUGCUCACAACAGACUUCAGUUUAGGUUGGCACCAGGAUACCUCAGGCACCAUAACCACUAUAGUGUGCUGUAAAAAGGAUGAUGCUUGGAGUGUUCCUUUUAAUGGUAAUUGAAACUAAGUUACAAUUACCUUAGUUGGGUUAGAUGAAAAUAUUUUUAAUUUGAUUAUAUUGGGAAUAUUAUAUUAAACUAGUCUAUGAGAAAUACACUGUAUUACUUUUGUAAUAUAUAUUUAAACUAUAUACUGUCACAUUUAUUACAUUAAUUGUUUUAUUUUUUCACAUACAGUUCAUUUCUGUAGGCAUGUUUAUGAACCGUUUGAGACAUUUUUUUCACAUAGUAAUUUACUCAAGCCCGUCAAGAUAAACAUUCCAGCAUUCUAUAUUUCUGUUUCCAUUAAAAUCAUUUCCAUUCUGCUUUAAUGGAGAACGCACUCUUCCUUAACAGAAUAGCAAUCAGAUUUCUAUAACAAGCCAUUUUUAAUAAUGUUUAUAUUGUAAAAUGUCAUAUACCUAGCUGCAGAAUCAUAUUUAUUUUAGUAUCAAACUAAAUAUGAUCCAAACAAUUUUUAACUUCUGAAGGACAAAGGUUGAGACAAAUCCACUUACAUCAUGACAUUCCUGGUAGGUCAGUGGUGAAAGAAGCAAAAGUAAAAAAAAGUACUUUUUUUUUUUUCUGCAAACCAACAUCUUCACUUUAAUCAUGUGUGUAAGAGCAAACAGAAUCACAAAUCCUUGGUUACUGCAUCAUGGCAUAACACCCUGGAUGUUGUAAGGAUACAAUCAUUAUUUGUGGCAGUGACUACUCUGUAAUUGGGGGAGGGCUAAGGUUCUGUUAAUAAAAAAAUGGUUGUUUGCAUACUUCAUGUCAAAAUAACACAUGAAAAAUCUGUAACUUUUUUUGAUCAACUUUGUAAUUUUGGGUAAGAUUUUAUUUGUCCUUCUACUUAUGAUAGUGUAGUCUUUAGCAAAUAGAAACGCCAAAUUGUAUGCUGGGGUAUUAAAACGGAAAGUCCGUGGAUGCACUCUAUUCUCAAUCACAUGAACAGGACAGGCUUUGACCACUUUAACACUUUGCAAUGUGUUGCUCUUUUUACCUUUUAGUAUUCUGGUGUUAUGUAUGUGUUCAUACAAUCAGAGGUUUAGUGACUAAGUCCACGUAUCCUGAAAGGUGGCUGGAUAAUAUAUCUUCGGCUUGGUAGAGAUGGGGUUAAUGUUGUUUAAUUACCAAGCUUUAUCUAAGUGCAUAUACCCCCCUCCCACCCGUCUCUCCACAGCUAGUUGCUCCUCCUGGCAUCAUGUCGUAGGCGGCCAUCAGAUUUAUUCUUAUGCCUUUCCUCUUCAUUAAUGUAAAUUGCUCCUUCUCUCUCAUUCCCUUUGUCUGGGAGUCUAUUGAAUACUUUGAUUAAUUCGGGUUUUACGUACACAAGCUGAAUUGAUCUUUUGUCAGAUGACAACAAUUCAGAACAAAAGGGUGGGGAGUGCAACAAUAUUAUCAAAGUUGUCACUGUGUACUGAUGCGUGACCCUAUAAAAUCACAACUGCCCGUUUAGUAAUGGUGUUCCUACUGUGUCUUCUUCUUCAACCCAAAUAAACCUGUAUCUUAUCAACUCUUUAUAUAUCUUUCCUUAUAGCUAAUGUUUGUAUACAACUGAAAAAAUCUGCUUUUACAAUGAAGGGAAGUGAAUUCUAUAAACCUAUUCAGACUGAGUAUUGUGGUGAGCGUAGGAUUAGUUACCCCAGAGUGUUUUAUUUGAUUUUUUAGAACAGGUUCCCAAAUUACACACAAGGCAUUGACCACCCCCAUACUUCAAUUUUAAAAUAAGUUCAGAAAUCCAUUUAAAUGUAAUUGCCCCAAAUGCUCGGUUUGCAGAAUUGUGCUCUUAAAGCAAUGGUCACCUUUCUGACACUGGGAAUUGUCUAUUGAAGGCAAUUCAUUUUCAAUAUAUCAAGGUAGAUAUACUUCCCUGAAAUGUUAUCUUUAUGAAAUGCUCAGUAUGACCAGAGAUUAGAAAGCUGCUUAAGGAACCCCUGAUUUAUCCUAUACCUUCCUUUCUAAACAUGUAUCAGAGUAUCAGAAGAUAAAUGCAACAUUAACACCUUAUAACAACAUUCCUGUUUUUAGAUAUAGGGUCUGCAUUGCAAACAUUCUCUUGCAAAGAAACAUUUUGAUAACAUUACAUAUAUCUUGGUCAUUUGUUCCAAAUUGUAUUGCCUUACCAACCUAGAGAGAAAUGCAAUUAAUUUAUUAAUGUAUUCCAAACAUGUACUUAUGGGAGGAGAUUAGAAGAUUAAAGUGGUCCUUUCAAUGGCAAUUAUUGCCCUUCCCCGAACAUUGCUUUUUCAUUAUAUAAUGCAUGCACAGCUUAUGAAUGACUUUUAGUGACUUAAGUUCUAUAUGCGACAGAUCAAGGUAUUAGGAAACACAUAUGUUUAUAUUGUUAGUUAUGAAUUGUGCUUCCUGCACAUCCCAACUACGACUUCUAAUCAUCUGUUGUAUGGUUGACUAUUUUGUUCAGCUACCUCUUCUCCAGUCUUUUUAUGUUGCAAAACCAAACUUGAGAUCUUGGUAAGUUAUGUAUAUACUGAACAUUGAUAACCAAAAUAUGGAUAGGGCAUAUUGCUCUGUAUAAAACUGGCGCUCUUGUCAAUGCCAGGAAGACCUAUUUUUCCUAUCAAUACAGGCAGGAAUUAUUUACAAAAGGGUACAAUAUAAUUUUCUUUCUAUUCUUAUGUUGGUAUUUCUCACCUGCUGUGUACAUUUUGGCUAUUUACUAAAGUAAUCCAGCAUCAGUAUCUGUAUACCUUGUGAAUUGGUAGGUAGAUUGUUUCUGUCCCAUUGUGCUGGGAUAUCCCCAUUAUGGCCUAAAGAUUGUUUAUUCUCCUGUUUUACAGCAGCCAUUUCCUGUUCUGCCAUCAUGCCUUCUCACAUCAUGGCAGCUCUUUUGAUGCACAAAUACAGGAAAGUAAGUACAAAGGAAUGCUGGGGGUGGUCUGUCUAGCAUUGAGCCACAGUAUAUUAUUUUAUCAAUAUAAAUUUUUUCUAUGUAACAAAGCAGACAAAAGGAAAUAAAAUUAAUUAUAUAGCAAUUAUGUUGAUCUAGAAACGGAAUAGUCUCAAAAUUGGUUACAUAACAAUUCUCAUACAUGAUUUGCCAGAAUUGUUAGCUAUCUCUUCUAAGGUAUUCUUAUCAUCUUUGUUUCCUGUGACAUUCUAUUCUUUCUUCUUUGACAUUCCCACCUUUGUCUUCUCCUAUGCCCCUUUGUUUUUCUCUAUGACACCCCCACCUUUUGUCCUAUCUGUCAUGUCCUGUAAUAAGUACUUUCUGACACCAUAAUAUCAUCUUUUUUUUGCCCACAUCUUACAUGCAAAUCCAAACUUUAAUACCUUGAAUUAUGGCUCCCACUUCUUCUCAUUAUCAUUUCUUAAACAAUACACUUCAAUCGGACAGAUUGAGUCACUGUGAUAUACUAUUUCUUCACUUUUUUUCAGGGGGUCUCAAUAUCCAGGCUGCUCUCUGACUUUACUUUGCUGACAGAGGACAUUCUUCUUCAUGGGUUUGAUGUGGAGUUCUCAGGUCAGCGCUGGGACCUAGUCUGUCACAGCCUGCAAAUUCUGCGGAGGAGUGUGUCAUUGUAUUCUGCCCUUCCUGGUGACACCUAUGUGCUAAGCAGAAACUCUCAAGAGGCUAUUCUGAAUUUGAGUCACCAUAGUGCUUCUUUGCUGUCUGUCUUGCUUCAUGAAUCCAUGGGAGGUGAGAUCAAGAGUAGAAAUCCAAAGUCCACCUGCUAAUGCACCCCUGGUGUGACAACCAUUUACCUGUAAAUAGACCAAAUCCACGAUAAGAAAUGAUUGCCACAUGUUAGCCUUUCACUUCAGCAUCAGAACUUUAAGAGUACUUGGAAACUGGAGGUAGCUUAAUGUAUCCUUCCUGGUUAAAUAAUUUCAGAUUAUUUCUGAUAACUUGUCCAGUCGAUCUUUCUUCUAGAGCAGAGUGAACACUAUAAAAACGGGAAGAAAGAGUUUGCAGAGCUCGGUUCUUUAGUAUCAUUAAGUCUUUGCAGAGGUCCAGAUGUUGGAACGCUGCUGCUUUGCAUUUCCUGAUGAGAAGAAUGGGCGACACAUAGCUUUCACCAUCAGCUAUUACAUUACAUUCAUUUCGCCUUUGGACUUAUGUUUUUUAUUAUUAAUUGACACCUAUUUUCUAGUGAUCUUGUUGCUCUUCCCUGAUUUAAUAUCUGUGAGAUACCCUGUCUCACACACUUUGUAUGAUGUUAUGUAACCAUUCUCUCUCACAUAUGGUUUUAUACCAUUGUUGUAAGUUUUAUUUCUGGACAAUUUCAUACUCAUCUUGUUACCAUCCCUUUGUAAUAUUUUCUUCAAUAUUUCUCUGCACACAUCCUCUUAUUGACCGCUUAUUUUUUCUCUUCCAAUACAGCCUGUGCAUUGCACGCUCUUCUGUCCCAGCUGCCUGUUCUGGGUAUGUCUGAGAUGUUCCUUGCCCAUGAUGAGCUCUUAGACAAGCUGCUGUGUCUGUGCACCCUGCUUCCCAGGACAUUCUUGCUUCAGCCGGUACAAACAUUACUCCUCACAUCUGUUUACUAUUGGUUUAUCCCAUCCAGGGCUCAUGGGCACAAAUCUGACAAGUGCUAGAGAUUCUCCAUUCAUAUCUCUAUCUAACAUCCAAUAAGUAGUUCACAAUUAUGUUCAGUUCAACUUUUCAAAAUGCCAAUCAAGCCUAGAAUUCAUACACUUCAAUUCGAGUUGGGAUUGUGGGAGUCGUAAACCUUUUUCUCCUGUUCAUUGUUCUAUGUUCCUCUUGUGUUACAGCCUUGUCAGUCUCCAUAUAUCAUAUGUCAGGAAAUCCUAGACAAGCUGAUUCAGUGUGGGCUUAUUGCUACACAUGAGGUGAGUAACAUACAUUUAUGGCUGAUGAGAAGUUAAUCCUUUCUCUACACUAUUUAAUAAAAUCAGCAUUUUGAGAUAUCUGCCAUUAAAGGGACACUAAAGUCACCAAAACAACCUUAGCAUCAUGAAGCAGUUUUCGUGUAUAGAACAUGCCCCUGCAAUCUCACUACGCAAGUCUCUGACAUUCAGGAGUUUAAAUAACUUUGUUUAUUCAGCCCUAGUCAUACCUCCUUGCAUGUGACUUACACAGCCUAUGUAAACACUCCCUAUAAAUAUUCAUCUAAUGCUUGCACUACCUUUAUUACAAAUUCUGUUUAAUUUAGAAUUUCUUAUCUCGUGCUCUGUUAAUGGCUUGCUAGGCCCUGCAGGAGCCUCCAAUAUGUAAUUAAAGUUCAAUUUACAGAGCAGGAAAUAAAAAAAAUGUAAAGCAAGUUAACGUGAUUGAAAAUGAAAUCAUUUUUUUGUUUCAUGCAGGCUGUCAGUCACUGCCAGGGGAGGUGUGGCUAGGGCUGCAUAAACAGAAACAUAAGUGAUUUAACUCCUAAAUAGCAGAAAAUUGAGCAGUGAGAUUUCAGAGGCAUGAUCUAUACCAUAAGAGAGCGCACAAACAAUAUAAAAUAUUCCAAGCAAUAAAAAAGCAGCUAAAUACAAUAGUCCCAAGUUCCAAAAGACAGAUAGCAAAAUAAAUAGUAUCAGUGCUUAGGCAAUCUUCCCCUUAGAAAGAUUAUAGGAAAAAAGCAUAACUAGUCAAAUUACUAAAUAGUGAGAGUCCCAAAGUUAGUAAAAAAAAAAAAAAAAGAUAUAUCCCAAAAAUUGCAGGGGGUAUGGUGUAGAAUGACAACCAGUUGUAGUUCUCAUCUCCAGUUGAAGGGAAACUAAAUAGCCACCUUUGAGACAGGGAAGAAACAAAAUAUAGCAAAAUACACUUUAUUAAAUAACUCCCCCCUAUGGAAUCCCUUGGUGGAACUUUUACACAAAAUAGUGGUGGUACUUAUUGCUAAGGACCGCAAAUAGGCAUAUAGUGCAGUGCAGCCUGAGAGUUUUAUCAGAGUUACCACUCCGCUGGUUGGAUGCUCAGAGCUGCUUCCGUGCACGGGAGCCGACCUGUAAUCUCUUAGUACUUGCUUCCCAGCCUCCAAAUUUGAAACUGCCGCCAAAAGCAACAAUCUGCCUGUGAGACCGGGCUUUCUCAAGAUAGGUUGCCGCGGCGGUGCUCCUGCUAAUAUAUACCCUUUGCCUGGAUGAGAUCAGGAUUCUUCAAGGCAUGUUGCUUGUAACAACUUAGACAUGUUAGAAGUUCUUUAGUUCAAUGUCCGCAAUAAUAUGCUUCCACAAAAGAGUGUAAAAUCAACAUAUAAAUAAUACAAGUUUAAAAAUGUGGAAUUAACAUAUAAAUACAAGCAUAAAAGUAUAAAAUCAACAUAUAAAUACAAACAUAAUCCAAAGUGCACAAGGGUAUAGAAUACAUUUGAUACUGUGAUUGUAAUAAAUUGUUGUUUUUAAAACCAACAUGUUUAUCCUAUGAUUUGAUAUUGUGUCCACUUAUGGUAACAACAGUAACAUAAAUAGUUAACAUAAUUUCAUAUGGUGUAAAUUCAUGAGAUCAGUGCAAUCAAUUAAAUAAGACAUAAAUAGAAUCAUGUUAAAAAAUUCGAUUUAGAACGACUAGACCUAAAAAAAACCUGCUACUUAAAUACAAUGAGUUCAGUAAAAUAGUAAAAGAUAAAAGUGUUUUGCAACAAUAAAUAGUGAGUGAGAAAUACACUCACUUAGGUAUCAUUAUGGUUAGACUAGACUCUAAAGUCUAAUUAGGCUAGACUUUAAAGAAAUACAGGAGAUGAAAAAUGUCAAAGUUAUAUCCCAAUAAAAAAGAAUGGAGACCAACAACAACAGUAAUGCAAGGUUGCACCAAAAUAAAUCACUGUGGACUACAAACAGUAAAAAGCAUAUAAAUGAGACAUAUACAAAAGUGCAAACAAGAUAUCUCAUUUAUAUGCUUUUUACUGUUUGUAGUCCACAGUGAUUUAUUUUGGCGCAGCCUUGCAUUACUGCUGUUGUUGUUCUCCAUUCUUAUUAUAGAGGGUUACCCUCUGCUAGUCGCCACCUGGAUUUAACUAAGCAAAUAGGUAAAGAGUCAUCUAUUGGAUAGUUACACCCAUCAUGCCUAGUGCCUACUGUACAAGCCUGUGGGGGCAGUGCUAUGAUCUAGGGUUGCUGCAGUUGGCCAGAUCUAGGUUCAGCAACAUUAUGUGCCCAAAGAAUGAGGCAAGCUGACUACCUGAAUAUACUGAAUGACCAGGUAAUUCCAUUAAUGGAUUUUUUUCUUCCCUGAUGGCACGGGCAUGUUCCAAGAUGACAAUGCCAGGAUUCAUCGGGCUCAAAUUGUGAAAGAGUGGUUCAGGAUGCAUGAGACAAUUUUUACACAUGGAUUGGCCACCACAGAGUCCAGACCUGAACCCCAUUGAGAAUCUUUGGGAUGUGCUGGAGAAGGCUUUGCGCAGCGGUCCGACUCUCCCAUCUUCAAUACAAGAUCUUGGUGAAAAAUGAAUGCAACACUGGACGGAAAUAAAUCUUGUGACAUUGCAGAAGCUUAUCGAAACAAUGCCACAGCAAAUGUGUGCCGUAAUCAAAGCUAAAGGUGGUCCAACUAAAUAUUAGUGUGUGACCUUUUUUUUUUUUUGGCCAGGCAGUGUGUGUGUAUAUGUAUAUGUAUAUAUAUCUAUAUCUAUAGAUAUAGAUAUAUAAUUUUCAUUCAUAUCCCUCCUCCCUUCUUACCUUUGCUUGGGAGGGGGGACAGUACUAAACCCUGGUGGUCCCAGUGGUGAGAGUGAACUCUAGCAGCUCCUCGUGGUAACCAUGGCAACGCUCCGAGCUCGCGAGAGGAGAACUCGUUGGGGAGGCUGCAGGUUAGAGCUCCCUGGGUCCUCUCUCCCUCCCCUGCCGGCUGCCAGCAUUAAAGUGCUAGCGGGCUAGUGAGGGAGAUCUCUGAUCUCCCCUCCUGUCCUACAGAGCCGACAGGGGAGAGAGAGGCACAGUUCCCAGUGCUAUGAUCACCUGGGGUGCCGCGGCACAUAGUUUGGGAACCACUGAUAUAUACAUUAAAACUGCUCAAGACGUGGCUGUGUUUUAAUAUUGGUAAAUUUAAUGUAUAUCCAACUCUCCUCUGAAAAUGUUAGUGUGUAGACAUUUUGAUUUAAAAAAUUCCCCCCCUCUUUAGGAUCCCAGCGCCUCGCCUGUCUGUGACACUGGAAGGAAUCGUUUCUUAGAUCAGAUAUUGUGGAAAUCUGUCGACGAUUUUGCUGACAGUGACAGCGAUUAUAUGGAGGAAGAUGUGAAACGUUACUACAAGGUGACGUAUUUGGGUGUAUCCCCAAAAAAUUCAGGAAUUGCUGAUUUAGAAUUAAUUGAAAAAAUUAUUAUCUACAGCCAAAGCUUGGUUAUUGUAUCCUAAAUUGUGCAGUCCAGUUUUCAAUACACUGCAUUUUGUUUUUUAGUAAAUGACCCAAUUUUGUACACUGCAUUUUUGAAGCUGGAAUAAAUAAAUAUUUAAAUAUAUUGGCUGGUUAGAGCAGUGGUAACAUGUCGUGUGACAUGCCUAGGCAAAACACCUAAUGCUAAAUAUCUCAAAUCCUCAUAGAUUGUAAAUUCAUUUGAGAAGGGACUUCUUCAACGCUUCCAGUUUCUAUAAUUAUAAAGCUCUGCUGAAUAUGUUGGCGCUAUAUAGCAACUUAUAAUAAUUUCAGACUUUAUCCGCAAGCCGUAAUAUCUUUUUUUUUGGAACUAUUUAUGUUGGGGUUUUUUUCUGUAUGAUUCCAAACACAGUUGGGGUAAUAGAGAACUGGAAUUUGAUUUAGUUAAAGGAACACUCCAUAGACGACUAACUUAAAUCACUAUUUAGUAGAACUACGCCAGUGAAAACAUGCAUUCAUUUAUUUAUGUAUGUUGUCAUGGGGGGGAGCUUUCAAAAGCUGCAUAUCUUCUGUCUGCAGUCCUUGCAAGCCAUCCUCUCUUUUCCCAGCUCAGACCGAAAGAAGCCUUUAGAUUCCAUCCCGCUAGCGUUCAGUGAGAGAGGCUGCCAGAGAGGAUGCUGGAACAGGGGUCAGUAUAAGCAGCCAGGGAGAAUCAGGUAAAAUGGAGCUUUGUGGAGGUGUGCACACAAGUGCGUGCACUCAUAGGCUCACAGUGACUCCUACUAGUUCUAUUAGCUCAGUGAAGCGAAUGAAAGAGUAAGAGAACCUCCAUGGCUUGAUUGAAAGCUGAGGUGGUGUUUCUUAAUUGAUUAAUACAAGUGUCUAUUUCUCAUGCAAAUAGACCCUUUUAUAAAGUGCAAUUAACAUGGCAUACUCCUUAAACAUCAAACACUCCGGCAAACUGAAGUGCUUUAUGUGUGUGGACUGGUUCUUUAAAGGGACAGUGUAUGAAAUAUAACAAUUAGUGCUAGCAUGAUAUCCCUUUUGUUCUGUGACAAACCAUUGUUGAGAGGUUUGACAAAAUGAGGGUCCAUGAAGGCACACAUGGCCUGACCCCUCACUUGCCAUAUUGCUUAUCAAUGAUAUCCAAACAUGGAUUAAAUUCAUAUUGUUAAUGCACAGUUGUCACCGGGGGAACAGUGGGGAACAACAGUCCAACAAUGGUUUGACCCAGCGCCUUCUAGCACCAGAGUUAUUACAAUGAUCUGCAGUGGUUUUGGUGCUUACAAUGACCCUUUAAGCAUGAAAAAUCCCAGCAAAUCACAAUGUUUUUAGAAAACUAUAACUCUGGAUAAAUAGUUUACAAGAAAAGUGCUAAUUCGUAAGAAUAAACACUUUACUUUAGCAGUAGUUGAGGUAUGAUAUGAGACCUAGAGGGUAUGAAGAAAAUAUAUAAGGAUAAAUGAAUAAAUAUUGUCAUUUCCUAAAACUAAUCAUUAUGCAGUUCUAACAUAUUGGUACACUUGGUCGCAGUUUGAGAUCAGGGGUCAAAAAACACAGUGCAGAGCAAGAAAAAUAAAUAAAAUUGGCCAACUGUAUUAGAUGUUAUCAGGUUAUUGUGAAAUAAGAAAACUCUUGUACUGAAAGGUGAUGGGAUUACUGCAAACAUGGGUAUAACAUCUCAAUGGUUGUAUAAUUGAGUUAUCUCUAUAACUAGGAAUAGUGUCAAGAAACAAAUCUCAGGCACUCACUUUGAUACGUUAAGCAGCUUUAAUGGAUACUGCAAUGCUUCAUCGAAACGUAACUUAUUUAUUAAAGUUGCUUAACGUAUCACAGUGAGUGCCUGAGAUUUUUUUUCUUGACACAUGUUCUAUGGGGUAUGUUGACCCAUACUCAGUUAGCACCCUGUGAUUUUUAUGAUUGAGUACAACCCUCUUUUCUCUUUUUAUAACUAGGAAUAGGUGAAUUCCGCACCUGAAAGAACCCUCACGUGAUAGAUGAGCCUCUCUGAAAAUUGCAGAAGUGAGGAAGUCUUGUAUAACUGUGACCUCACUCCCUGUAGACUAAGCUUUCAUCCAUAAACUCUACACCAGGGGUGUCCAUAAGGUAAAACCCCAGAUGUUUUAGUUCUACAGCUCCCAUGAUACUUUGCAUACCUUAAUAAUGACAAAGCAUCAUGGAAGCUGUGGUUUUAAAACAUCUGGUGAUCUACCUUUUGGGCACUCCUGCUCUUUUGUUGUCACAUGUGGACACUUGCAAUCAACCACUACUGCCAUGUGUUGUCUACAUAAACUAUUAAUAAAGAGUAUUUGGUGGGUAAUAAAUCUCUGUUCUUUUCUUCUAGCUGGGACGCUCCAGCCGUAAUGCUGAUUUAUUUCUCUUUCUGUGCCGCCUUCUGAGACCAAUGCUGAAAACAUAUGAAAGAGCUGCAAUGUUUCUGGAGCAGCAUGCAGAUUGUGGACAAGGUAUAAGAAGACUAUUUGUAUAAUGUUUGGGCUAUAUUAAUGGCAAGACAGGAGCCUGUAAAUCUUCUACUUUUUAUUGAAAUUUAGCAUUGAAACAGUUUAAGUAUAGUAAGUGCUGGGCUCCCUGGUAGACAUGGUGGCAAUACUUUCUGCAGUAUGUACUUAGGCUUGGAUUUACAUUUCUCAUUCUGUUUGUAGAUACAGAGGUAGGUUAUGUGAGCAGACUGCAUGGGUACCUUCAGCAAAAAGCAAGAGAGGAUGACUCAUUUGGUAAGUACUGCUUCAUAUGUACACAUCCUUCUCCAAUAAGUGUUAUGGUGAGCCAGAACUGCUACGAUGUGUGUAGUAUAACACAAUGCAAGGCUGCGGUAUAUAUCUGUUUUUAAUGUUUCCUAUACAGUGCCUGCUUCCAGGGCGAUGUACAAAGAACGGUAAUUAUGCACAAUUCAGGAGUUACAAACACUACAAUAUAUAAAUAGACACAUGAGUGCAGAACAAAGAGACAUCCCUGUCUGUGAGCUGAUAAUUUAGCAGUUGUAUUACUACGUUUACAGGAAAUAAUGGGAGUUGAGACAAAAGGCAACAAAAGAGAACUUUAGGUUAAUGGUUGUAGAAUUUAAAGGAUAUUAAAUAUAAUUGUAGAACAUCUGCGUGGGUGGAAGAGUUGGUGAAAUGGGUAGAAGAUAAUUAUGUAUUAUACUAAAUGGAGAUUAACAGUCUAUAAUGAUGGGUAUGCGGUUACAAGACUUUGGCAUUUGGAAGAUGCACCUGUAGAACAGGCUGCAGAGAAAUGGAGUCUCAAAGCAGUAGAAACAGGUUAUGUUUUUGUCCCAUUGGUAGUUAAGGAUGUUGGCGAAGCAGAGACGUAGAGCGUGUGUUGGGGAUGUUUAGUAAGAUUAUUGCAUUUUGCAAAAAUGGUAGAAAAACCUUAUUCUCCAAAUUAAAGGGGAAGGUUUUCAACAGUAUUUCGCAUCAGAAAUGGCAAAUUACGCAAGUGCAUUAUUGUUAUCGUUUUGUUUUGCCUCAAAAUGGGAAAUGAUGUCUAGAAAACCAGAGAUGUAUUGUGUAGCUUCUUUUUCAACUCAAAAGCAUACACGUUUUCUGUUGUUAUAAUCAUGACAAGAUAAAUUUUAAGGUCAAAAUAAGAGACUUAGAACAGCUUAUAUGCUUUUGAUGAUACAACCAUAUUUUUGCCCAUUGUGCAUUGAGUUAGAAACAUAAACUGUCCUCUAGCUAAUAUUGUGGAACCUCCACUGUGGAUGUUUGCAGAGUUUAAAAAACAUUUUUUUACAAAGCAUGGCUACCUCAAAAAGGAAUAGAAUGUGACUGCAACAUUGCUGUCAACUUCCCAGUUUAUUUUAUUGGGGAAUGAUUUCAUAUAUUUCCAAGACCUACACUUGAUAACACUAAAAGUAUGACUGAUCAACAAUACUGUACAUUUAUAAAAACAUCACUACAUGUACGCUUGGGACACCAAUUAAAUUCAACUGGAUCUGAAUUUUAAAAACAAAGAUAAAGUUACUUGCACUCUGGCCUAAAUCCCUAUGUACAUUUAAACAAAAUGGAGGCUCAUUAGUUUUAUUCCAAUGGCCAUUUGAAUAUAAGCUUACCUGCCACGUCAAGGCAAGCCUCAAAAGGUGCAUCUCAGCUAUUGCAUUUAUAUCAUUUUCUGUGCUUUUACUUAAAGCUAUUCUAUCCUCUCUAGACCCACUCCUCUUGACCUUUGUUACAACUAUUUCUAUAUAAGCAUUAAGCCUCAUUUCAUUUUAGUUUCCCUUCUUCUUUCCUCUGUCCACACUGCCUUUCACUUCCAUACUUAAUUGCCUUUAGGUACUUCUCUUCCUCUUUCAGAAUCUGUUCUUCUUUUCUUCAUAUCUGAUCUAGUUUUCGUUAAAACACAAGAGAAAGUAGGGACUACUCACCCACAAUACUCAGCCUUCCUCCAUGUUCUUGCGUUGCUACAUUUGCCUGAGAAUUCACAGAAUUUUGUCCUAACAAAAUGUGUACCAUUUGUUCGGUUGUAUACAGAUUGUUCGGCGGCAAGAUUUAGGGAGCUAUGUACUAAAAGGUUUUAAGAUAAAAAUGUGUCUUUCAGCCUACUUUACUAACACUAAGUGAAAAUUCGUUAGUAUUAGUAAAUAAGAGAUAUGAAAACUUCCCUCCUGCCCCUACUUGCCAUGCCGAGAGUAGGGACAUGGCUAUCAAAGAGUGAGCAGCCUGUGGCUAAGUGACAAAUAGGGGAGACCUACUGCCCUUCCCAGCCCCCACCCAGGAGCGGCGGAUGGGGGCCUUAUGUGACAAUGGGGGAGGGGGGGGGACAACUGCUGUCUUCCCCCACCCAACCUAUUGGCAGUGGGUGGGGGCUAGACAUACAAAUAACCCCCUGCAGGUAACUAUGGGUCCCCAAGCCCCUAUUCACCCCCACCCAGUGAAUAGGGGUUCCAUAGUCUCUCCCCUAUUAAAAUAAAACCCUACCUAACCCUGUCACCCUAAAAAUAUUGAGGGGGAGUAAUAAACUAAAAACAUGUAAAUUAAAAAAAGUCAUACUUAUCCUUCGAUGUCUUAUUUUUUCUAAAACCUUCUUUUUUCAUCCCCAAAAAAGGUCAAAUAAAAAGCCAUAAAUCCUGUUGUUCAAAAAAAAAAAAAAAAAAUGGCGAAAUAAAAUAUAUCCCAAUGCUAAUAUAGAAAUCCAUCUUCACUCAGCGAGGGCUCUGCGCAGACUGAGUUCCGCAGGGUGAAGAAAGGCUUAUAAAGCCCUCCCACGCCCUGCUAUUUGACUCAGAGCGCUCUGAUUGGUUGGCUUAAGACAACCACUCAGAGCGCUCUGAUUGGUUGGCUUAAGACAACCAAUCAGAGUGCUCUGACAGGUAAAUCUUGAGCCCUUAGGCUCAAGAUUUACCAAUCAUGAUAGUACCACUUUAAGUCUCUUUAGCUCUACCAUUACAUAAAUAUUCUUCUUAUUUAGACUCUGCAGGUUGUCUCUGGCCUUACUUAAUGUGGCUUUUUUUGAGAGAGAAAGGAUGGGCCAGGCCAUGGUAAGGGUAAAGCACAAAUGAAAACUUCUUGUUAGCCUUGCACCAAGUCACUUUCUUGUGUUUUAAGUAAGACUAAGGACAACUCCUGACAUCAUGUUUAUAUUUACUAGUUCUGUAGAUCAGUGUUUCUGAAUCGGAAAUACCCAGUCAAGCUAUCUUGCUGUUGGUUUGUGUGGACUACAAAUUAUGCUUUUUAUAAAAAUAUAAGCAAUGCUACUGAAAAAUAUGCGUUAUCUGAAAUAUAUAUAUCACACAUUAUAUCUCAUCCUGCCCCCAGAAGGAAUGGUGCUGCUUUUUAUUCUAGGUAUUGUAUAAUUCGUUUGAUAUUGUGGGCAUUGUUUUGUAUAUAUGUUAGAUAUGAAAUGUUAAUUAUGUAAAAAUAACCACAUAAUAUACUAUUAUUAUUUUAAAUUACCAAAUAGAUCUGUAAUACUCAGCUUCCACCUUCCAGGAUGUUUUUCCAGCCUUAAGACUGGCAAGGCAGAUAUUGUUGCAUACUAGAUAGAAAUCUACAUUUUUCCACAUCAACUUUACACUAUAUUGUGUGUAAACACCAUUGUAAAUCUGAGUUCUCUGCUUUACUGCUGUAACCCCCCUGAGAUAAGCCUUUCACUUCCUAACGUUUCAUUUCUCCUACAUUUGCACAAGUCUUUCCAUGUGGAACACUCUGCUUCCUGCAUUUCAAGUAGAUCUUUACUCUUGUAUCCUGCUUGUUUGAUUUCCUCAAUAUUCUAAUGUGCAGGUUUAGCAAAAGCAGAUUUUAUUUUGCUGUCCUAUAACAUGCUAAGGGAAUCACCAUUAUAAUAUCCUCACACAUGUAGCUGGCAGACAAGCAUUUACUAUAUGCUUUAUCAUAUCCUCACCUGUCAUGUGUAUGUAAUAUGAUGCAUGCAGUAUAUCUCUAUGUGAUGGCUGUGUGUAGUAUAUUUUAUGCAAGUGUGACUUAUAUUUUUAUCACAGUCAUUAUGCAGUAUGAUUAAAGAAAUAAAAUGAGUGCACAUUUUUUUUGUUUUUGCCCUUGAAAGUACUAACCUCUGCAUAUACAUGCUUAUACAUGACACUGAAACAAACAAAAUACGGAAGCAAGCUGAAUUUUUACCCUUAUCACAGGUUUGUUGAUGUUAAAAUUACCUGCCUGCCUAGCACAAUGCCAUCUCUGUCCAUGAACUGUUUUCCUUCCGUCUAACCAUAAUUUCCUCAGCUAUAAGCCUGCUGCAUCGAAUCUCAUUCUACCAAGACGCUAUAUAAUUUUUUUAAAUGUCCUUAUUUUAGAGAUAAUCAUCAUUCACAUACAUAGUUAUUUGCUAGUGUUACAGUGCGUUUGUCUCUUUUUAAAUACAAUGUUAUAAUGUCACAUUAUAGUGAAAUUAGAAACAAAUUGUCGGACAAAAAAACUGAAAAUGGAGGAGGAGUGAGGGGGGAGCUUAGCGUGGUGAGGUUAGUGUGAACUCUUUGGUAAUCACCUGAACCCUUUGGUCACCUGUGCUAUGCCGUGGAAGCAAAUUCUCAUAAAGGGCCCCAGAUUUUAUAAAACGAUGGUAAAAUAUUGUGCACCGUGGCUGUCCAUCAGCUGAUUUUCCUCUAUUUACGCUCUGAUCUCUCCCAUCAUAUGAACUGACACACUGUACCAUGAUGCUGCUUCAACCAAGGUUAUUUUAUUGAAUAGUUUCUGCAAGUUUUUUGGGAAGCCUUUUAGAAGCCUUGACAACAGGAACAAUCAGGCGUCCAGAUCAAAGGGUCUUUGGAACACAGACGCUAAAGGUCCUUCCCUAUCAGCAGGGGGCGAUUUACCUGGCAGGUGCGCCACAUGUGGCUGUAAGAACCUCAAUGUCCAUAUGAUCUCCAACAAUCAUCGGAAGGUAUUUUCCCCAUUCAACACAGUUGGACAGGAGUGCCAUUCCAUCUUAAUAAAAUGUAAACAUUUGUCUCUGAGCUGUAACAUAUAGAGACCCUUGCCCCUGCAUCUCAAGCAUCUCCCUCUGCCUUUAAAUUUUAAUCUAUCCCAAAUAAAGAAGAACAUUAGAACGGCCAUAUAGUUAGUGCAGAGUAGUGGCUUCAGGGGUUUAUUUAGCCACAAACACAAAUCAGCCAAACACUGAAACCAUCGACAGGCGAAGUGAAAAACAAUUAUUUUAUUGUUACAAUGGCAUCUGUUAAGGGAUGGGAGAUAUCAGGCAGCAAGUGAACAGUCAGUUCUUGAAUUGUGUUGGAAGCAGGAGAGUGACUUUGUCAAGGGCCAAAAAGUAAUAGCUAGACAACUGGGUCAGAGCGUCUCUCUUGUGUGAUGUUCCCGGUAUGUAAUGGUUAGUACGUACCAAAAGUGGUACAAGGAUGGACAUCCAGUGAACCGUCGUCAAGGUCAUGGGCGCCCAAGGCUCAUUGACACAAAUGGGGGCGAAGGCAAGCCCAUAUGGUCCAAUCACAUAGAAGAUAUGCAGUAGCUCAGUUGCUGAAAAACUUAAUGCUAUCCAUGAUAGAAAGGUGUCAGACUCUCCUUUUCAUUCAGGCUGCUGUGUAAAGUGUUGGUGCAGUCCACAAUAGUGUUGUGUGCUGAGACCAUCGUCUCCACCCUGGAUUCCAGCUCAUUGCAUAGCAAAGAGUUGGGCCAUUAUCGGGUCCCGCUUCUGUUGCCUCUUUUGGGAGGACUUCAUGAUUUGCAGCGUGCAGGUUAGUGGGAUAGUGGUCAAAGUUUUGCCCUAAAGUGUUUAGAAUUUGCAUUUUAAUGUGCGCUAUGGCCUGAGCUCGGGACUAAGCCAUCCAUGUAGCACGACGUCUAAACUACACCCGACUCUUAACCCACUGUACCUAGAAACCUGUCAGUUUUUACUUUUGACACAUUUCUUUAUUGCAACACAGUAAUCUUAUGUGAUCUUAUGUGUAAACCCAAUGUCUCCAGUCCUUUGUGAUCAGUAACCUGUCCAUUUGUUAGAUUUCUUCCUCUUUUUUGUUUUUGUUUUGGACCUUUAUCAUCAUCAUUGAUGAGCAGCGUUGAGUUACUUGCCCAUAUAUUAAGCCACUAAGCAUCUCUCACUUUCUAUUUCCUUCUAGGUCUGUAA